AUGGACCCCGAGAAAGGAGGUACUUCCAAGAACCCAGAAAAAAAGAACGGGUGCUCUCCUCCUCUUCCUCCUCCUCCUCCUGCUCUUCCUCCUCUUCCUCCUUCUCCUCCUCCUGCUGCUCUUCCUCCUCCUCCUCCUCCUCCUCCUGCUCUUCCUCCUCCUGCUGCUGCUCUUCCUCCUCCUCUUCCUCCUUCUCCUCCUUCUCCUCUUCCUCCUCCUCCUCCUCUUCCUCCUCCUCUUCCUCUUCCUCCUCCUCCUGCUGCUCUUCCUCCUCCUCCUCUUCCUCCUCCUGCUGCUCUUCCUCCUCUUCCUCCUUCUCCUCCUCCUCUUCCUCCUUUUCUUCCUCCUCCUGCUGCUCUUCCUCCUCUUCCUCCUUCUCCUCCUCCUCUUCCUCCUCCUCCUCCUCCUCUUCCUCCUCCUCCUCCUCCUGCUGCUGCUCUUCCUCCUCUUCCUCCUCCUUUUCCUCCUCUUCCUCCUCCUCCUUUUCCUCCUCCUCCUCCUGCUGCUCUUCCUCCUGUUCCUCCUGUUCCUCCUCCUCCUCCUCCUCUUCCUCCUUCUCCUCCUCCUCCUCCUGCUGCUCUUCCUCCUCUUUCUCCUCCUCCUCCUCCACCUCCUCCUCUUCCUCCUCCUCUUCCUCCUUUUCCUCCUCCUCCUCCUGCUGCUCUUCCUCCUCUUCCUCCUUCUCCUCCUCCUCUUCCUCCUUUUCCUCCUCCUCCUCCUGCUGCUCUUCCUCCUCCUGCUGCUCUUCCUUCUCCUCCUCCUCUUCCUCCUCCUCCUCCUCCUGCUGCUCUUCCUCCUCCUCCUCCUCCUCCUCCUCCUGCUGCUCUUCCUCCUCUUCCUCCUCCUCCUCCUGCUGCUCUUCCUCCUUCUCUUCCUCCUUUUCCUCCUCUUCCUCCUCCUCCUCUUCAUCCUCCUUCUCCUCCUCCUCUUCCUCCUCCUUCUCCUCCUCUUCCUCUUCCUCCUCCUCUUCCUCCUCCUCCUCCUCCUGCUGCUCUUCCUCCUCUUCCUCCUUCUCCUCCUCCUCUUCCUCCUCUUCUUCCUCCUCCUGCUGCUCUUCCUCCUCUUCCUCCUUCUCCUCCUCCUCUUCCUCCUCCUCCUCCUCCUCCUGCUGCUGCUCUUCCUCCUCUUCCUCCUCCUCUUCCUCCUUUUCCUCCUCUUCCUCCUCCUCUUCCUCCUUUUCCUCCUCCUCCUCCUGCUGCUCUUCCUCCUGUUCCUCCUGUUCCUCCUCCUCCUCCUCCUCUUCCUCCUUCUCCUCCUCCUCCUCCUGCUGCUCUUCCUCCUCUUUCUCCUCCUCCUCCUCCACCUCCUCCUCUUCCUCCUCCUGCUGCUCUUCCUCCUCCUCUUCCUCCUUUUCCUCCUCCUCCUCCUGCUGCUCUUCCUCCUCCUGCUGCUCUUCCUUCUCCUCCUCCUCUUCCUCCUCCUCCUUCUCCUUUUCCUCCUCCUUCUCCUCCUCCUCUUCCUCCUCCUCCUCCUCCUGCUGCUCUUCCUCCUCCUCCUCCUCCUCCUCCUGCUGCUGCUCUUCCUCCUCUUCCUCCUCCUCCUCCUGCUGCUCUUCCUCCUGUUCCUCCUCUUCCUCCUUCUCCUCCUCCUCCUCCUCCUCCUCCUCUUUCUCCUUCUCCUCCUCCUCCUCUUCCUCUUCCUCCUCCUACUUCUCCUCCUCCUCCUCUUCCUCCUCUUCCUGCUGCUCUUCCUCCUCCUCCUCCUCCUCCUCCUCCUGCUGCUGCUCUUCCUCCUCUUCCUCCUCCUCCUCCUCCUGCUGCUGCUCUUCCUCCUCUUCCUCCUCCUCCUCCUGCUGCUCUUCCUCCUGUUCCUCCUCUUCCUCCUUCUCCUCCUCCUUCUCCUCCUCCUCCUCCUCUUCCUAUACGAGCGAGGCAAGCAAAGAGAUUUCAGCCUCAGUCAGCGCAGCUGGCGCGUGGGCCGGACGGCGCCUGGGGCCCGUCGUUUCGGUGGCUAGGAGGAAAACGUCGGGUGCGCAGGCCCCGUGUCCAGGCACGGGGGGGUCCCAAGACGGCGCCCCAACACUUCAGGCCAGCCACUCCCGGGGCUCCCGCUCCGUCGGGGCUGAGCCCGGGCGUCUUCAGGAGCAGCGGAGCAGCAAGCUCCCGGGAGGACGGCCCGGAAUGGCAACAAGCCCUCCUGCCUCCACGCCUGAGCUCCCAGAGGCACCGCUGGCCCGACGGGAUGGGCCAUGGUUGGGCUCAGCAAGGUGCCCUUGGGCCACAGCCGACUUGCUCUGCGAUCGCGGGGACUUUGUUUGACUCGCAGGAAACCCUUCAGUUUGAAAAGAGCGAAGGACGGAAUGAGAGGUCGAUCCCCGAGGAGGGGUGGAGCUUCCAGGCCAGAGGGCGUGGCUUCCGGAGAGGCUUUGGCCCUCGCGUGGCUCUUCGUGGAAAGCAGGCGCUCUCGGUGCAGGGGCCGCCCCCCCCCCCGCGCGCGCCCCUCCGAAGGCGCGUCUCUUUUUUGGCCUUUGAUUGCGCACGUCAAGGCUAA